ACAUCAAACUAUUUAAUUGGCAUAGUGAAUUUCUUCGCAUAUGCCCUUCUACUUUUCACACUUAUCAAGAAGAAAAUGCUUUCGUUUGCCCGGAAUAAUGAGCUCAGAAUGACCAUACAGGUAUCGCUUAUGAUGGUCGGUGAAAUGAUGUUCUUUCUCUAUUGGGAAUUCAUUGACGAUAGAGCAUACGAAGCGUGGGGUAUGGUAAUAAAUGAAAUCUCCAAUCUGCUUUUCUAUGAUAUGCUUAUUCUUCCAUACCUAAUUUUGAACAGGAACAUUCAUGCCGAGCUGAAAAGCAAACUGGUUUCCAAGUAA